CUGACAGCUCUGUACCUGGGGUAGAACACAUUGGGAAGCAAUUGUUGUGUUCCAACCUGGCGGAUAAGUAAAUUUCAUGCCAGCGUCAUUAAUAUUUCUGACUGAGCAAUGGACAAGGGAGAAGAUGAGGCAUCAGGCAAAAUGUUCUUAAACCUGGAUGAAUUCCAUGUCUCGGAAGAGUCUGGGUUUGUUUUGCCAGAGCCAUUGUAUGAGCUCCCGAAAUUCUACAAACCAUGGAUGGAUAUCGCGAACAAUUUACCUCAGCUGAUUGAACAUCAUCAACUUCGCCAUGAAGUGAAUAAAAUGCAGCUUCUGGGCACACACCUGCUCACUGGGCACAAACAGCUGCGGUUGGCACACCUGGCCCUGAGCUUCAUUACUAUGGGCUACGUGUGGCAGGAGGGAGAACACAACAGCACAAAGGUGCUCCCCAAGAACCUUGCGGUGCCCUAUUGCAAAGUAUCUGAAGUCCUUGGACUGCCACCAAUCUUAGUUCAUGCCGACUGUGUUUUAGCAAAUUGGAAGAGAAAGGAUCCCAACAGGGGCAUGGAGUUAAGAAAUUUGGACACGAUCUUCGCAUUGCCUGGGGGAGGCAGCUUAAAGGGAUUCUUUCUGGUAACGUUACAGGCGGAACUGGCAGCUGUACAAGGCAUCAAGGCUAUUGCCACGGCAACUGAGGCGGUUUGGAAGCACGAAGAUGAUACCAUUAAAUCUGCUUUGCAAGAUGUGGCUGAGUCAAUCAGAAAGAUGAACCAUGCACUCAGGAAGAUGGAUGAGCACGUUGACCCUGCUGUAUUUUAUGGAAUAAUUCGCCUCUUUCUGUCUGGGUGGAAGGAUAACCCAGUUUUUCCAGAAGGGCUGCUGUAUGAGGGAGUGUGGGAGAACCCAAGGCAGUUUUCAGGUGGAAGUGCAGCACAAAGCUCGACAUUGCAAUCCUUCGAUGAGUUUUUGGGAAUACAUCACAAUGAGGAAAGUGCUGCAUUCCUUCACCGGAUGAGGGAUUACAUGCCACCGGCACACAAGGCGUUUAUCCAAGUGAUUGCCUCAGGCCCAUCGGUGCGAGAGUACAUCAUCCUUCACCCGUGCCCCGGUCUCCGAGAGACGUACAAUGAUUGCAUAGAGGCCCUCGUUGGUCUAAGGAACUACCACAUCACUGUUGUCACUCGGUACAUCACGAUCUUGGCAUCCAGAACAAAAGCAGAGAAGGCCAAGCUUAGUAGCAAGUCAGACGUCAUACAGAAAGCCCCGCUGUCCCUGGAAGAGCGAGGAACCGGCGGCACGACAAUUAUGUCUCUGCUGAAAAGCACACGGGACAUGACUAAAGAAAUGGUGAUCAAGGAAGCAGGACAGCAUUGAUCAAGGUUAACAGUCGUUUUCCGUAAACCAUGGGGAUUAUUUACAGAUAAAACUUUGCGCAAUGCUCAGUGCAAACACUGUGGGUGAUCAAGUGCUUAGAAAAUACUAACUGCUGGUGAGAACGGCUAACAGUGCAAAAAUUAAACUAAAACAUAAUAUUGCUUCUUGCAGCUGCUUCAAAGGCUUGUAGUCUUAACUUUGAAGGUAGUUAAUUACAUUUACUACUGUGUGAUCAUUUUUAAGUCUCCCAGUCGCUUUUUUCUCAAUAGAUGCAGGAUUAUUUCUGUAACAAGUGCAAUGGGCAAAUUGCGAUCCACAUGUCCCGUGUCCCCACGGUUACCUCCCAGCACUACACCUCUGGGCUGCAGGAAUCUGCUGCGGUCACACGGAUUCUGCCGGCAUUGCUGCCUGGACUGUUGCAUGAGUCUGAGGGAGCAGGAGAGGUGAUUAGGCAUGAGGUGACAGAGGGUAAAGUCCUGUCCGUGAACCUCUGAUGACCCUCUCACAGCUUACGACUGGAAACAUUUAGAGACAGCUGAAAAAUUGUAAAUAAUUAUACGAGUUAUUUAAAAAAUUAAAAAAAUGAAAUAAAACCUAUUUUAAAAAGCACAUUGAACUACUGUUAAUUAAUCAAGAUCUGAUAUAUUUCAUGUAUUUACAUAUUUCCUUGUGAUAUUGGAGGAUGUUCAGCCCAUCAAGUCUCUGCCAG